AUGCAAUACUAGCAUCACAAAAGUAUAUUUCCUCGUAAGUCAAUCAGGGAUGUGAAGCAAGUUGCAGAUAUAAGCCUGAAGGCUAAUAAUUAGAUCAACAUAUCUGAAAUAUUUAUCACACUCAAAGAUUAUCUGGGUGACGAAUAGCUAAUCUUACUAUCUUCAAGUCUAAAAAGAUUACAUCACCUAAAAGAAUUUUUUCUGGAUUUAUCAGAAAUUAGGUUAGGAGAUGAAGGAAUAGGAGCUAUCUUUAAAAAUCUCAACUCUAUAGAAAAAGUUUACACUCUUUACUUGAUAUUGAGAUACGACAACAUAACUGAGCAAGGAGUAUGGUAUAUGUCCUAAGUUCUUAAAAAAUGUGUGGCAGUAGAAACUUUCUAUUUAGAUUUAGGGGGAAAUUAAAUAGGCUCUGGAGGAUUAAAGAACUUGACAUCAAUAUUCUAGACUUGCAACAAUAUUUUUAGUCUCUCUUUGAAUCUUUAUUGGAAUGAUAUUGGUUAGUAAGGAGCUGAGAUUUUCAGCUAAUCUUUUAGAUGGUUCAGAAAUCUUUAGCAUUUAUUCUUAAACUUUAAUCGAAAUGAAAUUGGCGACUAUGGAGUGUAUCAUAUUUCUGAAGUGAUUGCUAGAAUGCCUACAAUCAGAAUAAUGCACUUAAAUUUAGGCCUGAAUUUAAUUACAGAUGACGGAGCUAAUUUCCUUAACUAAUCUAUUUACAAUAGCUCGAACGCUACUGAGAUAGUACUUAAUUAUAAUUAAAACUUAAUAGGAAGAAAUAUUGACCUUGAAAUUCUGUCUAUUUAUAGUGCAUUAAAAAUACUUCAGAAAGUAGAAACAUUUUCCAUUUCAAUGACAUAAAACUAGAUUAAAAGCAUUGAUCUCUUCGAGUUUAAGAAGUUUGUUUAAUAUUUUAAAGUUCUUUGUUGCUCUAAAAAACAAAAAUUUUACAAUUUGAAGAACUUUUCUCUUGAUUUAAGUUAAAAUAUGAUUGACGACAGGCUAAUGAAAGGGAUUUCACACUAAAUUUCUAAGCACGAAAACAUUUAAUUUUUGGACCUUAAUUUCAUGGGAAACACAUUUUCUUAUAUAGGAGUUAAGGCCCUUUGUGAGAGCAUCAAGGAUCUAUAUUAGAUUAAUAAAUUAAAACUAACUUUAGACGAAAAUAAAAUUGAAGCUAAAGGUGUCUAUUUAUUAGGAGAGACUUUGAAAUGCUUUAAUAAUUUGAUAUAUCUCCAUUUAAGAAUUGGGUUGACAUUUAUAAACGAUUAAGUAACAUAACAGCUGUUUUUAUAACUUAAAGAAUGUAACAAAAUAAAAAAUUUGUUUCUGUCUCUCACCCACAAUUAACUAACAGAUCAGUCACUUAUAAAUCUUAAUGUGUUUCUUGAUAGCUUACCAAAAUUAGAUAGUUUUGAGAUAGAUAUAAGUAAUAAUCUAUUUCAAGAAAAAGGAUUUGCCUUUCUUUUAAGAUGUCUGUCAAAAUGUUAAGGAAUGAUUCAACUGAUAAUCAACUUAAGAAAAAAUAAAAUAGACGAUAUUGACACAUCUUAUUUUGUAAAAUAUGCCAAAAAAUGGUAAAAACUCAAAUAUUUUUUGCUCAAUAUGAAGUCUAACAAUCUCUCAUCAUACUUAAAAAAAGAAGUUUCAAUCCCUAUAAAAAAGUUACCAGAACUAGUAUACUAUUAAUUUCAGUGUUGA